AUGUUUUCAUUUUCUGAAGGAAAGCUCUGUGAAAGGCACUCACCUAUUAAUGUGCUAGAAGAAGAAUACUUUUCAUUUUGCUGCCCUAAAAAACCACAGCAUGAAGGACAAGCUAUUCAUUGGUUCUAUAAAGGAAAAAAAGGAGAAAAAGUGCAAAUUCAUGGAGAUAGCAGAAUUGAUUUGAAUGGGUCUAAUUUGCGAUUUUGGCCAAUUUUACUGAAUGAUACUGGAAUCUAUCAAUGCGGUAUCGGAAAUGGAACCUGGGAGGGAUCCCCUAAGGAAUGGUCCUUAAAUGUCAUCAAGAGAAAUAAAAGCAAUUGUUUCACGGAAGAGCAUUUGCUUACUGGAAGAGAUGGAAUAAUUGGGACAAGCUAUCCUUUCACAUGCAGUAGUACAAAUAGUGCAAAUGUUAUCAGCAUAACCUGGUAUAAGGACUGCAUAGAGAAUAUUAAUAAGAAAGGUGAAGAAGAAUGGCACAUUGAUCAGUUAACAGAAAAGGAUGGUGGAAAAUACACAUGUGUAAAAACAAUUCUUCAUGCAGGAAAGAAAUACAACAGCACAAGUACCACCAAUUUAAAUAUUAAAGGUAAAGAGGAAAUCCUAAAUUGCACAGCAUUUUUAGGUUAUUCGAAGAACUUUGUUGAAUUCCCCUAUGAACUCUAUUGGAUUGUGCAUGAUGACCUUAUAGAAACAUGUCAGAGUAAUAGUUCACUGUGUCAAAAGACAGAACAUAAAUAUGAUGAAAAUGGAAAAAAAUAUGUUAUGAAACAACUUUGGUUUAAAGGUGUGAAAGAAAAGAACUUCAAUUCUUCAUACAAAUGCGUCUUUUCUGAAAAUGGUUUUGAAGAGCAAACAUUUAUAUUGCAAAAAGAAUCUAAUCCAGAUUUACCAGUUCAUGCCUUUACUACUGGAAUGAUAAUGGCCAUAAUGUUUUCCUUUAUUGCUGUCCUGAUGGUGAUUCUCUGUGUAAUAUUCAAGAUUGAGCUUGUUUUAUUGUUCAGAGAUAUAACGGGAAAGGAUGAAACACUGGGAGAUGGAAAGCUUUAUGAUGCUUUUGUGUCUUACCUGAAAGACUCUACACCAAUAUGUGGUGAAGAGAGAAAAUUUGCUCUGGAGAUACUGCCUAAAACAUUAGAAGAUCAUUUUGGAUAUAAGCUAUGCAUUUUUGAACGAGAUAUUUCCCCUGGAGGAGCUGUUAUUGAUGACAUCCAAUCAUCCAUUGACAGAAGUCGAAGAUUAAUUAUUAUUCUGAGCCGAAACUAUGUCUCUGAUCAAGUCAUGUUCGAGCUAGAGGUUGGACUGCAUAAAGCCUUAGUUGAGAAAAAGAUCAAAGUCAUAUUAAUAGAAUACAUGCCAAAAAAAUAUUUUGAUUCUUUGCCCAAGUCUUUGGAACUUCUUUCUUCCAGCCAAGUAGUGAAAUGGAAAGAAGAAAAAUCACUGCCUUUAAAUUCUAAAUUUUGGAAAAAGCUUUGCUAUGCCAUGCCUGCCAAGCCAAAUAUUUCAGCUGCUUGUCAAGGGGUAAUGUUGCGGGAAAGAAGAAAAAGGACAAAUGCCUUCUGUAUCACUUCUGAGCCAUCACUUGUCUGCUAGUAGGUCUUCAUCACUGUUGCUUUGGAAGUAAAAUACAAGUAUGUGCUCACAGACACUUGGAAGCUGCAGAAUUGAGGCUGGGGGCUUCAGGUUGUCCAAAUCUGUGACUUGGUUUCAAUGAUAUCUUUAUAUAUUGUUUUAUUCAAUAUGUACAUUCCAUAUGGUUGUCCAUUUUUUUUACAUGGUAUGUCAAAAUGCCGGACUUCUGCCUUACAGAUUUAUUUGCAAAGUGGGGAGUCCAAGGUCAAUAUGUCAAAGAACAAUCGUGUUUUCUUUGUAUCUGAUGGUUGUUUCAACCUUAAAUGCAGCAGAUGCUGACAAAGAAUCAGAAGCCCAAGAGAGACAAUCAAAACAUUGCAACAUCAACGAGAAUGAUGCAUAAAAUGCAAGCAUUUGUUGAAAGAAGGUUGACUUACCAUUUACAUUGUCCCCAAUUAACAAGAACUAUAUUUGGAAUUCAGCUCUGUUUAUGUAUGUGAGAGAGAGACAUUGGAAAGAAAGACAUUGAAGGAUACUGUACCUAAUACAUUUGAAUUCAUUGGGCCUUGUGUUAUUUAACUUGAGCAGGAAUCAUUGACAAUUUUAGUGUUCAUCUGGGUAUUGCAUAUAAAAAAUACAUUUAAAAGAACCAGCUGCAGCAGCAAUACUAUGUUUUUAUAGAAAUUUCAUGCUGACACUACCCUUAAGGGUCUAUGACUGUGAACAUAGCAUCUGUCUAUAACGCUUGAAAGUACUGGUGCAUUCCCUGAAGUCCUAAUGUUGUCAAAGAGUCCUGAGAAUGGCUGCUAGUUGGACCCUGUUGCUGCAUAAAUAUCCCAUAUGUGCUCUGAAGCUUCCUUUUGCUUUCAAACAUGGAUAUGGAGUGCUGUAUAGAUCUAUCCUCAGGGAUGCAGUGGCUCAGUGGCUAAGACACUGAGCUUGUCAAUCAGAA